AUGGCUUUUCGUCCCGCUCGAUCUUUGCUGCACCCAUAUCCGGAACCGUUACCCCCAUAUACCCCUCGCCAAACCGACCCCGAAACCUCCUCCAUCCGUUCUAACGCCCCGUCUUACGUCUCUGCGGCUCCUUCUUACCAUUCUGGACAUCAUCCAUCAUACAACAGAGAGAGUGAUCCUGGCACAUUACUAGUACCCAAUACCAACGUUGCGGGGAGAAACCAAGCGUCCCCUAAUACCCCAAACCAAUCGUCCGGACUCCUUUCCUCCCAGCAUCAUGCUCCGGGAUUCGGGGGCGUAACAGCAAGUUCGUCUGUUGGAGGUCUCCGCCGGCAGAGCCACCUGACCAAUUCCCAUUUGCAUUCUCUUUAUAAUGUUUCAGACUGGGUUCCUGUUGCGGGCGGGUUGCAGGCACGCCACUACCACAAUGUGGCAAAGCGGAGGGCCUCAGCGGCUUCUCAGCAUGACAAUUUAGCGAGAUGUAUAUUCCCGCCUUUAUGCCAGGCGAUAUCUGAGACUAUGAAUGGUGUGAGCGAACCCGAUGCAGCCUCUUCUUCCGCGCUCUCUUCACCUCCUCUAAGGGCAGACAUGGCGGGCUAUGGUCAUCGGAAUUCAUCCCCUAGCAUUUUGGCUAGUUUGCACGAGGAAAGCGUUGUGAAUCCUCGUUCGCACUCGCCCCUCCAGACGACUUCGGGUGAAGUCGCAGGAACGGUUGCCAGCCAAGCUGACCUUGCUGAUCAACUGCCCAUCUCUCCUCAUGAGGACCCUGAUCUAGUCGGUGAAGCGGCAGCAGCAAUGUUCCGUUCGCGGCGCCUCUAUAUCACUCGCCAGCAGAUAGAAAACCAUAACCUUGAGGCGCAAACUGUCUCCCCGUUCACUGGUCGGCCCCACCAACAGGCACCCCAGAUGGGACGAACCCAUCAAUAUAGCUCCCUCAUCGCCCUCGCAGACGCAACUAAUUCCCCUCCAGACGGGCAACAACAGAACAGUAGACCGUCAACUGCCCCCAGUCCGUCCGAGGUGGUCGCUGUACAACCGGAACCUGACACAUGCUCUCAACCACAACCACAACCACAAUCGCAGCCACAGCCACCGCAGCAAUAUCUCGAAAGCCAAACUACGACCGGAAGCGGCACGCAACACCAACAGUCCACAAGUACUCCAUCCGCCACCACCACCGCCACCACCAGGACCACAAUGCCAACAAGACAUCUCUUAGACGACGACGCGCUCUGCGCCCUGGAAUCGAAGACGUGGGAUUUCAUGUUAGCGCAGAUGGCGGAUUGGGAGGAGCGCGAGCGCAGCUGGAAGAAGUUCAAGGAGGACAUGGACAAGAAAUUGAAUUCUGGGAAGCUGGGGCUAGGGUUCGGGCUUGGGUUUGGACGUGGGUGGGGGUCCGGGUCCGGGUCGAGUUCUACGGGUGGUGGUCGUGGGAAGGGAAAGUUGAAGAAGGCGUUGUCGUCAUCGCAUUAUUUCGGGCAUGAGAAGAAAUGGAAGAGGAGGGCUGGGUUGGCUUUGUGA